GUCUGGACGCAUAUAAGCAUCUCUCUUAAAUUCUUCUUUCCACCAAUAUGCUUUUCAACGACACAGCGUGUUUUAGUAUGCGAGUGCCGAAAGAAACUAUUCAGACAUGGUUGACUCACGGAGGCAGAAUCUAUUCUGGAAGAACCGGUGCUGCCGCAUCUUAUUUUUUUGCCGUCAGUCGCGAAGAUGAGUGGACAAGCAUACUUUGCAGAAGAUCGGUAGUGGUGAUACAUGUGGGCUGGAUUUUGCACUGCGUCGCACAUUCGUUUCGUGUUCCAGUCGUGGGCUACAUACUUGAUGAUGGCUUUGAUGCUGGACCACCUUUUAGCCGCAUGGAAAUCCAAGAUCACACACUCAUCCCAGUAGUAUCCCCUCACUAUCCACAACGGGUAUCUGGCCCUUUUGUGCCAUCGACUAAGCCCCAAACACCUCUCUGCCGCGUCCCGCCGAACGUCCUCCGGAAGCGAAAGCGCCAGAGAGACGGCCUCGCCUACCCUAGCGCACUGCAUAGUGAAUCAGGAGACAGUCUCCCGCGACGUCCACAUAAACGUCGUAUGCUCUCCUUGGGACUAUCGUCUUCGUCAGCAGAAAGUUUAUGCGACAUCACGAUUACAGAAGCACACGACUCCGCGGUCACUAAAAACCACGACGCUGGAUCAACUCAUGUUAUUACACCCGAUAUAUGCGUCGCAAAUACCUCCCCCGACAAUGACGCGCAAUCCGUCACCCGUCACUUUACUUCCCCCUUCAAAGCUGUGUCGAAAUAUAAUUCUCAGGGGUCAUCAUUUCACUGUUCUUUGCAAAACCAUGCCCCUGAAUAUGCUCUCGUCGCGAACGGUGCCAGUUCUGUUGCGUGUCUCAAAGACUCUCCUCCUGUGCCGGCCAUCGACCUCACCCGACUACAAUUUGCUUCCAGGAACCGUUUGCACUUUCCUCUUCUGCAUUUAGAACCAGUUGCUGGAACUGGAAAAGUAUGCGGCAGGGAGGAUGGUGAAAAUUCUACUAGGCUCACAACGUCAGAUCACACUCCCAACCAGAUUGCGCAAGAUGUGUCUCGAGCUACACAACAACCAGGCAACUCAGUCGUUCCAGCAGCCUGCAAUAACGACAACAAUGAGAAUACGGAAACCGCAUCAUCCGUCACACGCCGAGGCACGCGAGUAGGACCCUCUCCUAGACGUCUUGGCGAAGCUAUUGAUUCCAGACACGACACAGUGACAUAUCACAUGGAUCAAAUUUUACGGACGAGAAAACAUGCCACAGGUCGCAAUGACAUUCAAUGUACAACGCUAUGGGAGAGCAAUGCGAUGUGGAAGGGGAUGAGAUUUUGGCAUGAAAACCUGACAUGGAAUGCAGGUAUUUAG